AUGUCGAUCCUCAUCCCGCUCACGCCUGUUAUACCUCGCACGCCGCGCACUGUCCACUCGGGCGCGAGUACGCCACCGCGCGGACCAUCGCGCCGUGCCUCAAGCUCACGCUGCCCGACGCCGACCUUCCGCCGCUCUGGCCCGUUCUCGGCUGCCGCGCUUACCUCCGCGCUUACGCCCAUCUAUGUUCUGCGCAACAGCAGCCCAAUCGCCUCGCUGCCCGUCGAGCUCCUUCAGCAGAUCUUCCUCUUGCUGUCCCCCGCAUCGUCGGCCGAGUACCGCGUCCCUGUCGCGCUGAGUCAUGUAUGCCGCCGCUGGUGCGACGUCGCUCUGCACCUUCCUGAGCUCUGGAUCAACAUCCCGCUUCGCUCGCACCACUGGGCUGCGGCAUUCGUCGCACGCUCGCGUCCGCUUCCUGUCCGCGUAUCUCACUCGUACGCGUCGGGAGCAAGCGCAGCCAACUUCGCCAUAGCGCUGAACCUCGCGACCGCUUCGCGCGUCGAGCAUGCGGCAUUCUCCGCGCGCCCCGGCGAAGAGACGGUCUUUGCUCGUGCAAUAGCUGCCCUCGCGAAGGCGCCCUUGGGUCGCGCAAAGACGAUCCGUCUGUCGCUCGAGAACUGGAACGCUGGCGGCGCACCAUUGUACACCCUACCGAACAUGCACGCGCCGACACUCGAAGUGCUCGAUCUCAGCGGUGUACGCGUUGCGCACGACAACACCGUCUUUGAAGCACCCUUGCGCGAGUUGGUCCUGUCGUCCUGCGAGCUGGAUGCGUCGCCGUUGCACUUCUGGGACAUCCUGAGUCGGUACUCCGAUACCCUCGAGCGCCUCGUUAUCGAGGACUCGCUCACUCACGCCUUCGUCAACGCCUUGCCGCGCUUGGAGCAGUCGUCUGUGAAGCCGAUCGCCUUCCCGCGUCUGCUUGAGCUCACGCUCGUUGGCCCUUCGUCUGCCGCCGCCUUCAUUUUGUCGAGCAUCAUCAUGCCGACCUCGACUGAGCGCACGAUCCAUGCCUAUCCCGCGCGCGAAGGACCAGCGGACGUCAUCAGCACCCUCGCACCCGCCGGUGUUGGCGCAGCCGUCGAUCUCUGGGCCGAACGCAUCUUGCUGGACUUCGCCUCUGGCUCUUCGGACACCGUCGUCCCGGGCUUCCGCUCAUACGAGUGGGACGAGCUCUCGGCAUCGCGCACUCGCGAGACUGCUCUCAAGUCUUGCACUGGGCGUACGACGCUUGACAUUUACGCAGCGGCGCCGAUGGACUCGGACGUCGAGAUACUCGCGCCGCUUGGUCCCGCGUACGCGCCGUCUGUUGUGCUGCCGCUGCUUCCCGCUAUGACUGGCGCAAGCUUGCGUGCCGCCCAUCCGGACUUCGGCCGUGUUGCGACAUGGACGGGCAUGCGUACGACGCGCUUCGGGAAGGCGGUCGAGCGGGUGUACGUUCGCGCUGAGGCAGCUGCGGCGCUCGUGGUAGCGCUGAGCGCGGACAAGGAGUUGAUGCCGGCGUUGAAGGAGAUCUACGUCGCGAGCGGGGCGAAUAGGAUUGUCGGAGAGGUGCUCGUGCGCGAGGAAGGCGACGAAGAGAUCGAUGCGCGCGUCGGCGCGAUGAGUGUGCGCGAGGCCGUCGGACUUCGUCAGGGUGUGCGCGUUGUGGAGGCUUGA